GAACGAAAAUUAGAUAGGUGCUCGCCUGAAUACAAAACAUUAUAUUGCGAUUUUAUGAAUGAAUAUUUAAGUUUAGGACACAUGAGUCGAGUCUCUCAGUAUUCGUCGCCAUAUUAUUUCCUACCGCAUCACGGUGUUUUACGAGAGCACAGUAGUACCACUAAACUUAGGGUGGUUUUCGAUGGAAGCGCAAAAUCCACAUCUGGAAAAUCGCUUAAUGACAUCCAAUUUAUCGGUCCUAGUUUACACAAUGACGUAGCACCGAUUAAACCAGUUACUAUCCCGCGACUUGAGUUAUGCGGCGCUUUAAUUGGCGCCAAAUUAUACCAAAAAAUAAGUAAGUCAUUAAGAUUAACAUUUGACAAUGUAUACUUUUGGUCUGACUCAACUAUUGUCAUAAAUUGGAUUAAAAUUUCACCUAAUUUAUUAAAACCGUUCGUUCAAAACAGAGUAGUACAGAUUAAUGAGUUGACUGGUGAAUUGCCGUGGUUACAUGUUGCUGGUAAAGAAAACCCGGCUGACCUUUUAUCACGUGGAGUCACGCUUGAUAUACUCCAACAUUCGGAUAUCUGGUGGCACGGGCCAGCAUUUUUACCUGAUAAUAAAUCAAAUUUUACUUGCAAUAACAACGAAAUUAUUGAUUUACAAAAUUUACCAGAAAUAAAAUCAAAUAUUAAUUCAUUAUUUACACAAUCAAGUGAGACUAGUAUUUUUAAUUUUGAACGUUUUUCUAAUUUUAGUCGAAUGAUACGUGCCGCUGCUUAUUUGUUACGAUUCAUUCAUAAUUCGCGCCUUAGUGAUGAGUCACAGCGUAACUUCGGCCCGCUCACGUCUGAUGAAUUAAAUAAAGCAACUUUAGUUUUGGUUCGCAUAACACAACAUAUGUCGUUUCCGGAUAUUAUCAAUGCGUUAGAUAAAAACUUAGAAAUUAAGUCUAUGAGAAACAUAUCUAGUCUUAAUCCAUUUCUAGAUUCCGAUCGCAUUAUUAGAGUAGGAGGUAGAUUAGUGAACUCGGAAACAUUUUCUUAUAAUAAAAAACAUCCGAUAUUGUUAUGUGACCCAAACGACCUACUUCCUCUCACACCAGCCCAUUUCCUGAUUGGCCGACCGCUCGUUGCACCUGCAAGCGAAGAUCUCACAGCUGCAAACACUUCACGCCUGGUCCGAUACGAGCGCAUCGAGCAACUACGACAGAACUUCUGGAAACGCUGGUCGCAGGAGUACAUUGCUGAGCUCCAGACUAGGACUAAAUGGCAGAACAACACCGACACCAUAGUACCCAACACUUUGGUACUCAUCAAAGAUGAAAAUGCGCCACCACUCAAAUGGCGCCUUGGUCGAGUCAUACGCACUUUCCCUGGAAAGGAUGGACUGGCACGCAUAGCUGACAUUCGAACAGCUAACGGAGUGAUACAAAGAUCGUACCCCAGGAUAUGUCCACUUUUUAAGGAGGAGUAUGAAUCAUAACUUCUCAUUCUUCUUCUUUCAUCAUCGUUGGAGGCAUUUGCUCCAAGGCGGGGGGCAUGUCUACGCAUCACUCGUGACUAACUUCAGGGAUCAUAUACGGCCAUCCUAUUCGUCGGCGCGCAAUGAUGUUUAUGCAUUAACACCACUACGGGGCGCCACUACUUCUAAUACUUAACUACCAUUCUUAACACUUAACGUUGUUUGGUCAUUACAAAAAUUUGUAAAAUUUUAAUUACACGAAGAUAAGCUA